CUCAUUCAUUCCUCCCCAGCCUCCAACGACUUCUCUACUCCAUGGUCUGUAGAUCUGCUCCAGAAGUUUUGACAUUAUAAAGAAGAAAAUUUUAGGUGUUUGGACAUUCAAGUGAAGACUAAUCAGAUUAUCUAAGAGUAAUCACAGGGAGUUUCGAAGGGAGAACUUAGAGGCAUUUGAGUCUCCUCCCUAAGGUGGGUCAAAGCUUGUUCCUUGGGAGUGAGCAUACAUAUAUAGCUCCUAAAGCCAGAACUGCCUUUCUACGGAGCAACAAGCUGUCUGGAAUUGCUUUGUUCUAAGGCAAGUAGGAUCCUUCAGAACACAGGAAUGAGUGACCUCCGCAGGAAGGGAUGGUGGAAUGUGCCUGACUACUUCCACAGCCCACUGGUGUUUGACAUGGAAGAGGACAAGGAAGACUACAUAUUUGGCCCUCAUGAUGAAUACCUUCACACCCUGGAGGUCCACAGCAACACCCUCAUCCAGCUGGAAAGAUGGUUCACACCCACAGGCCAAACCCGAGUCACUGUGGUGGGGCCACUUAAGGCAAGGCUGUGGGUGAUGGACAUGAUCAGAAAAGUGGGGAGUAAGAACAAUUUGGAUCAAAUUAAAGGCAAGAUGAUGCUACUGCAGAUCCGGGAUCAUCCUCUGAGGGAUCGAGACCUGGAGCUUCAUCCGGAAUCAGGGAGCAGUCUUUGGAUUACCACAAUGAAUGAUACGACUUUUGUGGAAGUUCCUCACUUCUCGAGGUUUCCUUUGACAGUUGCUUGGUUGUUUUGUGGUUUUGUGAGAAUUCUUGGUAUUCAUAACUUCGCAGACCUCCAUUGGUAAAUGCUUUGGGAAAGCA